ACUGUAACAUCUACUGAUGUACAUGCGAGAUAUGUUUUAAUUGACAGCAGCUGCAAAGAGAUUCUAACAUUACAUUAGCAGGGGCAUGGCAUCACCAACACAGGUGAGCAGACACUUCAAAGAUGAUACAAAACACGGGGUAACUGAUGACGGCGUCUGCAACUAAAGUAACGUAACUAAAAACGCACAGAAAUGCUUGAACAAGGACAUGACAACAAAUACAGUAGAAACGCUAUCCGCAUUUACUGUAGAAUGUAUGAGCUCGAUGGAAUUCAUAAUGGCAUCAUACACGCAGUAUUUUAAAUAUAAUUAUAUGUAAAUGCAUAUGUUGACUUUUUUUCUCAAAUACAGUAGUUAUUUAUUGCGCCAAAAUGGGAUCCUGCAGGCUUGCCCAUGGAUUCAUAUUGCAGUCACGCGAAGAACUGCCUUGCUCGCAGAUGAUUGGCUACAAGUAAUAGUGCAGUCCAAUUUGUCUGAGUUUAUGGUAAUUUUGUGGUGGUCCUGCAGGUGUAGUUUAAUAAUAAAUAAUAAUAGUUUAACAAUAAAACAACGUAAUGCUGCACAUGAGUACCAAUACAUUUUGUUUAUACUGUAUCCUUAUAGCAAGGUGGAAACGGCACGUUUCAAGUUAGGUCUCCUGUUUCACUUUUGUCUCCAUGGAGGUGACGCUCCCGACCUAACACAAAGAAAAGACCAGGCGUUUCCAAUUCAUGACAUACAAUAAUAUAACUUGCCAGCUGCCAGCAACACCGGCAUACAUUGCACCUAGUUACAAAUACGUUUGAUUUCAAGAACGGGUGUGUCACACACUUCAUGUCCAAUUAGAACCAGUAAAACAGGUUAUUAACGCCAUCAAUUGGGAAAUCCAGGAAGCAACUAGACUGCUGGAGUGGUGACGUCACUUAAACAUAUUUAAGAAAAGAUGAGUUCAGUGUCGUCAGAGUCUGCCAGUGGUGGAUUACUGAAAAGUUUGCAGACAGACAGAUGGAUGUCACAAUUACCCGACCAACUGCUGGAUGUGCCCCUGUACAAUCUUGCUAUUCCAGGAAGCCACAACAGCAUAACAUAUUGCCUGGAUAAGAACAACAGAUCCCCAGUUGAUCAUACUCAGCCAGAUUUCUUAAAGAAAUUGGAUAAAUACAUGAAACCCAUCAUCCGACCAUUUGUAUACAAAUGGUCCAUAACACAGGAAUCCACUGUGAAGGAGCAGCUAGAUGAGGGAGUGCGAUACUGUGACUUAAGGAUUGCUCACAAACCCAGUGAUGACUCCUGUGACCUGUAUUUUUACCAUGGCGUGUAUACUACUAUUACUGUUGAGGUUGUACUAAAAGAGAUCAGAGAGUGGCUGGAGGCACAUCCCAAAGAAGUUGUUAUCUUGUCAUUCAGCCACUUUCUUGGAUUAAAUCAAGAGCUCCAUCAACAUCUGAUUCAUUCAAUACAGAACACAUUUGGUCCAAAACUAUGUCCAAAAUAUGAGACUGUAACACUGAGGAAUCUCUGGCGCUUAGGAUACCAAGUGAUAAUAUCUUAUGAAAAUGACAUCAUGAAUUUCUACGAUGACCUUUGGCCACACAUCUCCUACUGGUGGGCUAACAAAUGCAAAGCAGAGGCCCUUAUUCAGGAGAUUGAGAGGAGAAAGCAGCAUGGCCGUCCAGCUGGAUUUUUUGUUGCAGGCAUAAACCUGACAGAAGAUGCUAAGUACAUUGUUUCUCAUCCAACUGAGUCUUUGAAUGGCUUGGUCAUGUCUACUUACCCGGUGCUGUUGGAGUGGGUUCAGAAACAGACACCAGGGCCCAGCCCCGGUGCCAUCAACAUCAUUGCAGGAGACUUUGUAAAAGAAGGACAGCUGGUCCCUGCUGUAAUUUCACUGAAUGAAGAACUUCUUAACUGGACUUCUUGAUAGGGUGGGAGCACUUUUUAGACUAGUAAGAAGUAAAACAUAGGAACUAAUAUUUACUGAACUGCUGUUAUAAACCCAGUUUUUCGUUUAUUGGUAAUUAGAAUAUUUAUCCCAAGAAGCACAAUCCCUCCAUGUAUUGAGAGAUCAUCUUGUUUCAGUUUAUUUGUGAUUACAAAACAAAUAUAAUUGCUGCACAGGACUGUGGAUUCAGGAGCCAACACUAAUUAGAUCUUUUCAUAAAGCAAAUCACAGCAUUUGCUCACAUUAUCUUAUUGAGAACUUCUAUUAAAUUGAUUUUUUUUUUUUUAAGAUUACUGACUAACAACACUUAAAAUGAGGAAGGAGGGGGUGGGGGAACAUUGAUGUAUUCACAAUAUUGUAUUACUAAAAAAAGCUUAUUUUUUUCCAGCUUGAAAAUGUUUAAUUUGUACAAGCAGGAAAAACAAAGAUGGGGUUAUAUUUUAACAAAAUGGGCUAAUUUUCCACAUACAGUAUUUUACAUUUUUAUUUUAGUUAAUAGUUAAUAUCGGUCACUACAAAACAAUACCACUAUUGUUUAUGAGACUUUAGUGAUCAGACUUUCUCUGUGGUGGUGUCUGUAGAACUGGAGCUUUCCAAUUUCUCAGGAUAUGCUCAGUGAUAGUGAAUACAAUCUUUUUAAUGUUUUGUGAAUGAAACACAAUGUGACAGAUAGUUAUGUUAUCCACAGCCUGUAUGACCAUAUAGCAGAACCUCAAAGUUACAAACCCCACACUGACUGAUCAACCAGACUGGAAACAUGCUAACUGUUGGAGACAUCAAGAUCAGAUGCCAGGAAUGUUACCAGUUAAACCACUCUUGGCUCAUUCUUUAUUAUUCCUAAUGGUUUAGAUGUUAUUAAUAAAGUACAAAUACAUUAAAUCAUUAGCCCACGUUAUAUGAGUGUUUGACUUUUCUCGAGACAUCUGUUUAUCAUGAAAUAAAUAUGGACAUGGUGCCUUUUUGUUUAUACAUGAAAAGCCUCUCAUUCCCUUUGGAACGCCUACUUUUCCCCGAACGCUAUGCAAAUGAAGGUGAGGUGGAGGGGGGGGGGGGUCAGAUUUAAAUUAGACAUGCUGACGGCCCACUUAGAUUCUCAUGAUGUUAACCUUGAAAUCCCCCAAAAUACUGUUUACAUGAGCAGAGAACAGUUUGUCGAGAAAGAUUCCACGUGUCAUCGUGUUUGACGUAAAUGGUUAUUAAAGAUCUGAUUUGCUGAUGGAUAGUGCCUGCUUUUUUAUUAUUAGUUUUAGUGUUUUUAGUAUAUUUUUAUUAAUAAUAAACUGGGCCAAAUCCGAGUGGUGGUUGAACAGGUGUUUGGGCUAUUGAAAGGGAGGUGGCGGAUACUACUGAAGUGUACUGAAGUGAAAUUAUUACUGCCUGCUGUAUCCUGCACAGUCUGUGCCAUGACCGUAAAGAGGUGUUCAGGCAAGCAGAGGAACAGCUACCUCAGCCUCCAGCAAGAAUUGCACAACAGUGAUACGAAGAGGGUCCUGCUAUUAGAGAUGCUUUGCUAUCUUUAUUUUUUGUAACCUGAUGGUGUACUUUUAUUUUGUAUCACAUUUUUGUUUCAUUAGCUUAUUUUGUAUCUCUUUAUACCAAAUAUAGCAUCCUCAUUUGCACUGUACUUGUACAACUGCUUCUGCUAAAUAAAGAAUUGGAAUAUU